AUGGCUGCUGGGCGCUUAGCGCUGCGACCCAAUGCUCGACGUCGCGUACCGCGUCGGCCCAAAGUCCCGCGCAGCCGCCUUCGUAAAGAGUCGGAGAGUUUUGAGGAACGGUCGGAUUGGGCGGAGAGCGAGGAGGAAGAGGGGCAAGAGGGCACAGGGGAGGAAAAUCGGGGAUGGACGGAAGCAGAAGAGACGACGGGAGGCGGCGGUGGCGGAGAGAGUGAGCGAGAGGACGGUGCCGACAGCGGCGACGAGGGCAGCUUGGCGUCGCAAUCGACAUACCUUAUGCUCAACCCGUUCGCCGUGCGCGAGGAGGUAAGGCGGAUGGGCCGGCGGAGAACCUCACUGAUCCGCGCCCACGCGAUCAUGUUCUCUCCCGCGCUUUCCCCCCGCGCGCAGGUACAGCCCGUUCUGGAGGCCGCCGUGGCGCUGGGGCUGGACUUGGCGGGCGGGGCGGAGAGCGGCGGGACGGGCGGAGAGGGCGGGAAGGUGGCGGCGGCGGAGUUUUAUUCAGCGGUGGACCGCGUGAGGGACGCGGUGGGCGCAAUGGAGGCGGAGAUAGAGCGCAGCCGACAGCUGCUCACGUCAGCCAUGGAGGUUCUCGCGGCCGCUUUCGACAAGCACGUCGGAGCAGUCGAUGCGCUGGAAUGCUUUCCCCCCGCGGCCGUCACCUCCCUCUCCGCGCUUGGCGGUCUGCCGCCCCUCCCCGAGCUCCGCUGUCCCCCCUCACCCGCCUCCGCAUACGCACAGUCCGGCUGCGAGGGCUCGGCGCGCUGGGGGGAGCGCGCGGCGGAGGGCGAGAUGGUGGCGCGGCUGCAGGCGAUGGCGAAGCGGCUGUUCGAGAACGGCGAGCGACACACGCUGUUCCACACGUACAAGCGACGGCGGGGCGCCGUGGUGCGAGCAGCACUGGCGGCAACGGGAGUGGGAGAGGCGCAGCGGGAGGGGGCGGGCCAGGCGGAGUGGUCGUGGGAGGAGGCGGGGCAGCGGCUGAGGGAGUGGCGCGCGCACCUUCGAUUCGGACUGGCGCUGUGCUUGGCGGAGCAGCGGCUGAGCGAGGCGGUGCUGGGCGGCAUGGGGCAUCUGCGGCAGGAGUGCGUGGACGACCUCCUCGCGCCCUCCUUCGCCGCGCUGCUCGCCCUGCCAACCCUCCUCGCCGCCUCGCCCCCCUCGCUGCACGCGCUGCUGCACGCGCUCUCCACGUUCCACGCGCUUAGGGAUGGCUACCCGCAGGUGGCGGAGCUGUACCCACGGCGCACGCAGAGGCAGCGGCGGCAGUACCUGGAGGUGCUGGCGCGCGUGGCGGGCGUGGCGAGGAGCGCCUUCCUCGCCACUGAGACCGCCUGGGCCCACCCCGCCCUGCUCUCCCUGCUGCUGGACGGGCAGGGCAAGGGGCAGGGCAAGGAGCAGGCCACGGGGCAGGGGCAGGAGGAGGAAGGGACGCAGGCAGGGAGUGAGAGGGGCGAGGAGAAGGAAGGGGCGGUGGUGAUAACGGUGGUGGCGCAAGGGGAAGCAGGCGAUGGUGGUUCUCAGCAGGAGGGUGCAGCUGAGGCAGAGAAGGUGGAGGCGGAGGGAGGAGAGGGCGGUGGUGGGAGUGGAGACGGCACAGCGGACACGGUGACAGCAGCAAGUGGCACCACUGCUGCGCCAGCAGGCAUGGGCGUGGGGCAGCGCAAGGGACGCAGCGUCGCCCUUCCCUUCUCUCUGGCGGCACACGCUCACCCUGUACCUCCCUCUGGGCUCGUUCCACCUACCCGUUCGACUCCACCUGCCCUUCCACUCCACAGCUUCCUGUCAGUGCGGCCACCGCAGCCGGCACCCCAUAUGGCAGCGACAGCAGGGGGGCGAGGGGCGGGUGUGGUGGCGUGCUUCCAGCCCAUCACAGGCGCCGUGGACCCCGUCACACUGCGCCUCCUCGACACCUUCCACCUCCUCUGCUCCCACGACCUGCCGUACCGCCGGCUGCUGGAGGAGGUGUUGGACACGCACCCCACGCCUGCGCCUGCUGCCUCCCACGCCUCCUCCCCCUGCGCCUCGCCGCACCCCGCUCUCGCCUUGCGUGACCAAAAGCCGCCCACCCCCCACUCCGUGUGCAGCAGUCCUGCCACCAGCUGCUGGAGUGAAGCCUCCUCGCUGCCGCUGCCCGGCCAGCCCGGGGUGGGGGCGGGCGGGGGGGUGGGGAGGCGGGUGCAUGCGCGCAUGGCGAUGGUGAUAGCGGGGAGCAUCCGCGGGCUGGUGGGCGCGCUGGAGGCGCAUGCGGUGGGCAGCCGGGACGACCUGGCGCUGAGCGAGCUCUUCCUCAUGAACAACCUCCACCACAUCGCCUCCCGCCUCUCCACGUCCAGUGUGGGCAAGCUGCUGGGGCUGGCGGAGGUGGGCGCGCAUGCCAAGCACGAGGAGAGGCACCGCGACCGCUUCCUGGAGCUCUCCUUUGCCAGGUUCCACUGCCUGGUCACCAACGACAGACUGCGCAGACCCGAUGCCAUCCGUCGAUUAGUGGAGUUCUGCAGUGUGCUGGGAGAUGUGCUGGCAAUGCAGCAGACCUGGGUGGUGCCCGACCCCCACAAUGCUGCCACGCUGCGAUCUGCCCUGCGCUGGGGCCUGCAGCAGAUGCUCCAGGCAUUCCUCGCCAAACACAG